AUGGUUCGAUCGGGUGGUCAGCAAGAAUCAGAAGGCGAUGUCCACAAAUGGGCAGUGAAUGUCCUUUGCAAGGCUUCAAAUUCGAUUGCCCAGGUCUUGCCCCAAGAUGCAGGAGCUGUUGUCAGGAUCAUGGACACCUAUGAGGACAAGACUCUGGAAAAGCAUCAACGCGUUCUCCAGAGCCCAAACUCGGUUGUGAAGGACCUUCUGCCACUGGUUCUGAAUACGGCUAUGUCCAAUUUCCGAUUGCAACAAUUUUCGGCUCAUUCUAAACAAUUCUUCCAUUUCCCGUUUGAACAACUAUUCCGUGAGGACUAUCCUUUUUCUUCCUGGCCAGAUAUCAGGCAUGUUGAAGAAAGGGCCAAAAAGGACGCCACUGUUAUCGUGUCUCUGUAUCGCCAAUUCGCGACAGAUGAUUUGGGGGACAAAGCGGGACAGCUCCUCGAAAAGAUCGCUGAUGACACCGCAAACAUCGAGUCAGCCGAUCUCGACUGCUUCAUUAUUCCAGUCCUGCGUGAAAUGAUCGAUAUCACCGAGCAUCAACCAUCUGAGGCUUCUCAAUUCUAUACCAAAAUCAUCUCCACCUAUAUUGAGAGGGUGGUACAGAAGGAGCCUCCGAAGCCGCUGAACUGGUGCCUGCCGGACGACUUCCAACGCUGCUAUCGGCAAGAUUGUGAUUAUUGCUCCCCCGUGCGCGAGUUUCUGGAGGAUCCAGCCAAAGAGGACUAUCGUUUCACCGUUCCUCAAGAACGAUAUUACGACUCCACUAGACACCUGCCGUUUGACUACACUAUGAGCCAGGAGGGGAAGGGAGAUGACCAAACAGUCACGGUCACCAAAACACUUGUGGGAACGAAAACACGAGCAAUGGCGGAGCAGGGCGGACCGUGCCCAAUCGGCUCUUAG